GCCCCUUUGGAAAUGAAGUUUAAUGACCGUUCGCUCAUGACCAAGUCAAUCAGAUGCGGGACUAUUUACGAAUAGGACAAAAUCAGUGGAAACGAUUCAGAAACAAAUAUCGAUAUACACUGCACCCUGCAGUUCAUAGGCGAUGGGAUGGGGGAACAGUUAGCAAUGAUAAAGGUUCUUAUCAAUAAGCAAACCCCUACAAUUACCCUCCGCAGCAGGUAAACACUAUAUACGAGUAUCUCCCGAUCGCUUCCCCUAAUCAUUUCCUUCCUUACGGCGAGGACAUGCUCCAUGCGUACGCUGCUCACGCGCAGGACACGCACGGAAGGAACCGUGAGAACCGAACCCGAAACCGAAACCGAAAUCGAAACGAAGUAACAGUCCCUAGAAGAGGGUAACAAUAGAGCAGGUUCCGCUGGCACCCACCCCAAGGUACCCCGGUAUUUCAAAUUGAAUUAUAAAAGGUUGAGUUGAGUUGAGUUGAGGGGCAUCUCGAGCAUCAAUAGACCAGAGAAUGAAAGCAAUCAGGUGUAAAUCAAAGAAACAGGCCCAGGCAUGCAGUCACGUCAUGCAGGUUCGAAAAGGCUAUUUGGUGCUCCUCUUGGUUUUGGUAGCCAAAGAAACCAAAGUUUCGAGCAAAAAGGUCUCCAGUCUGGAGCCCAGAAGCUUGAACCAAUCACAGAAAUUUGAGUACUGCGUCAAGAUUCUUAUGUUGUGCCACCUCAUCUGGGAUUCGCCGCCCGACUACGAGGAUUUUGACAACGUGAACGUGGAUUCAAUGAAGUAUGCUCACGAUAACAGUCACUUCAAGGAUGAUUACAAGAAGGCCAAAUGCAUACCUCCGGGCCUCAGUAAAAAAGAUCUAUUAGAGUUCUGGGUAGCUGUGGCCGAGUGGGAGAUGGAGGUGAGGAACCUUUUCCUGGUCGAGAAAUUCCUGCCCAUCAUCAAGGAGUCCGACAACGCCAUUACGAUCAAUCUGUGGGGGUUGCUCCACCUCCGAAAGUCAGUAAUGUGCUAUCGAAAAUUGGACCCCAAAGCGACACCGACACCGACUCCAACACCAACAAGACAACCCACGACACAACUGACGACGACAUCCAAUGAAAUUUCAUCAACAUUGGCUUACCCUUCGACUUCCAGCUGCAAUGGGAAUACCGAAAUCGGAAUAUGGAUUAAUCAGCAGAUCAAUGGAAGUCUAGCUCUGGAUAAACUAAUCAAGAAAAUGUUGAUAAUUGUGGGUAAGAUCGAGCGUCACAUACAUAGAAAAUGCUGUCCCUACGAGCCCAUCCGCGAUCGGGUGGAAGUAGUCCACGAUGGCAUCGAUUUCUUGCUGCAAUUAAACGGUAUAGAGCCCUACAAGAGAGCGCAGUCCACGGGGUAUAUCGGCUCCGACUUUGAUAAUCUAAAGACGAGAUUGGAGUACCUGAGCCUUGCGCUAGCCAAGGGAGCAGCAAAGGUUAAUCGUUCCGUAGGAAAGUGCUGCCCCGCCUGGUCUGACCAAUAUAAUACUUUCCAAGUUGAGAUGGAAGAAAAUUUGGAAAAGCUUGAAGCAAAUAGCUCCGAUCUGACGGCACAAUUGACAAACUUGAUCGACAAGCAAGAGGCCUUGGAGAUGGAUAGGUCAGAUCAAGUGAAGCUUUUGCAAAGUCUAGACGCUUUGCAUGGCAGUCCAGCUUCUGAGAGCACAAAAAGGUGUUGUCCGAAUCAGAAAAAAGAUAUGGAAAAUAUAGCAAAGAUAUUGAAAGACUUGAAAUUAAGUGACGGCCUGCCAGAGUCAAUCGAGACAGCUGACUCUCUUCAGGAUAGACUGACUAAAGCGAACGCAAAUCUAAUAAGUGCGAAAGGCUUGCUGAACGAUGAGGAGGCAAAUAUCCGAAAAAUGGCUUCUUUGUGCGGAGAGUUUUGUCCAAGUCAGAAGAAAGGAAAUAUCGACGAUCAAUCGGCAAAAGUAAGCCAACUAGAAAAACAAAUGAAGGAAAUUAAUGAUAAAGCUCCAGAGAUAAUGGAACUUUUAAAGUCACCAAAUUGGCCAGAACAUCUGAAAGCUAUAGAAACGGUAAAGCAAAAAGUCAAAGAUUUUAUGACCAAGCAGAGACAGGAUGAUGUGAACCAGCAAUUGGCCAUGGUUCCUGAAGAGCCAUCGGAGUCAUUAAAAAAUAUGACCCACAGCUUGGAAGCGCUGGAGGCAAAGCUGAGUGAACUCCGUCCCAAGAACCAGACCUACGAACAGCUCCUGUUAGACAGCAUCGGAGGACUGGAGCAACGUCUGCGAGACCGUCUGAGUGGCCUAAACGCAAUGAUCACUAAGACCGAAGCGGAUGCAGAUAAAUGUAACUCUAAAUGCGACUGGGGGAAUCUGCCGACCAUGGAGGAACUCCAGGAAAGGGUCAAGGAAAUGCAGGCAUUGGUUGUUACAAAGUAGCAUCGUUCGGAAAGACGUAGAUAAGAAAGCCAUACCAAAAAACUGUUUGUCUGUUGUCCUACUUUGAAAUAAAUCUAUCUUUGCUAAAUCCAA